UCAAUGUGAUUUGUUUACCAUUUAUGCUGAAUAAUGUCGAUAUUCUUUGAUUUCAAUGUAAGGUCGAGUGGUAGGAGGUUCAGAAGGGCAGUGGAUGGUGAUAAAAGUGAUAUAGAAUGUAUUAUUAAUCGUGAACAUACUGAUCGCCUAUUUGGGACACCUAACAUAGGAAGCUUGAUAGAACUAUCCACUUUAUCGAUAUGCAUGAUUGAUGGAAGUAAAGAGGUAACAGGAUUUAUGGCACUGCGCGACCAUCCUAACAUCGCAGGCGUGGAUCCGGCUGACUGGGAGGUGUGGAUUAGGAACAUGUUUCAAAAAUACUAUUUGUCGAGAAACACACUGUUUAUCCAUUUCAUGUGUUGUACCGAUGCAGUGACAGAUGUAUUUCUAGAAGAAGCUUUUGUGACGGUGUUUCGCAAUGAUAUCUAUUUGUUGAACAUUGUUAUUGUAGUUCCACAAAGAUGUCCGGACGGUUGGACCGCAAGAUAUAAAACAUUUAAAAGGCAUAAUAUACAGAAGAGCUAUGAAAAACUAAACGGAGGCGGCGAAAGUUCUUUUUACAUAUACACAGCUAUGCGAAAGGAUUUUUGUCCACAAUUGAAAAUACGUCGCGCUGUAGAAGAAGACAACGAUGACAUAGUAGAGAUACUUGGCAAGAGUUGCCCGGCACUGCAAGAGCUAUAUGGCAAUUAUUACAUAAGCGAAAUAAUUGGGCGCCACCCUGAAACUGACAGACGAAUUAUCGUGGCAGAUUAUCAAGACAAGGCGGUAGGUGUCAUGUGUCUCAACACGAAGAUUAACUACGACACGCUGCAAAAGACUUACGAACUCGGCCCUUACCAUGGUUUGAGGAAAGCAUCUCCAUUGGAGAAAGAAAAUUACAAACGCACAAACGUAUUGCUAAAUACUUUUGGGACGCCCAUAAUGCUUGGUAAAUGGGAUCCCUUCAAAGUGCUUUCAACACAUGACUUCAAACCAUUCGAUGAAAAGCAAUCAAAAACAAAAAUAUCACACAAACGGGGCAAAGGUUUAAGUAAAGUAAACUUCGAUUGUCAACAUGAUGCGCGAGACAGUUUCGAUCACAUUUUCUACAAGCAAACUUCAGAAGACUAUAGCGAGAAGGACGUGUCACCCUCACCGUCCGUUGUGAUCGACCCAUCUGUUGCCAAUCUACUUGACGUCGAUCCGUUUGAUUAUGAGAUCGUGAAUAUCGAUAAUAUUCUGCUGAAUGUACCUGAAGUUUUGUCAAGUGAAUUUGAUUUAUUAGGCAAAUCCUCAGUGGUAAAGCUAGAAGAGGAAGAAUUAGUGACAUAUUCGGGUGAACCGAAUGCUUUUAUGAUUGAAUUGUUUGGCCUUCGGGAAGAUAUUGAUGACCGUCAGUCGUUCUAUUUGUUAGAAGCAGCUUUUGAAAUCAUGAAGGCUUACGACUAUUGCGUCAUUCGUGUACCUUGUAAAGAGAAAAGUUUCCAUUUGCUCGAACAUUUCUGUUUCGUUCCUACGAGGAGUAAAAUAAAUUCUCAAUAUGCUCUUUAUAUUGCUCAUCGAAAUUCAGUAUUGAGCAAGUUGCGUGUUCGUAAGGCGGAGUUAAUAGACAUUCCUCAAAUCACACAGCUUCUUAGGAGUUUAGAAGGUAGAGAGACUCUCUGGACAGUCGAGAAUACAAUAUUGAGGAAGAAUCAGCUGCAGUGUUAUGUGUUUAUAAGUGGCGUCUCUCUAAUCGGAGUCGGUAUAUUGGAGCAGUCAGAACAAGUUGAUUUCAUCCGUGCGAAAUACAACUUGGAUUCGUACCGAAUCAACAAGUACCAUACAAGAGACCAGUACAACGAUGUAUUGGUGUUGAAGUCAGUUAUCGUGUAUCCGGUGUUUGAGACUCACUUCAGGUUUUUUGUCCGAGACAUGAUGAGGCUUUCCGAGGCUAAUUCGCUGUUAUGGUUGACUGCGUAUAGGAAUAAAUGGGUGAUUCACAAAGCGAAUUCCUUAGCGGGGUCAAUGAUACCUUUGAUACCGAGAAAAUCAGAAAUCGAUACGCCUUUGCCGGAGUUGAAGAGGAUUCGGGAUCUUCUGAACACAGUAAUGCCAUUUAGCGCGUGGUUUAUAAACAAGAAGUUGACAAGUGUUCCUAAAGUAUAUGUUAACACUAGAAUAUUAUUAGUCGGCGCUUCGAGAACUGGCAUUGCAUUUUUGAAUACUCUGCUUUUCAGCGAUGCCUGUCCAUACCUAUUCUUCAAUAACGUAACACUGGUGUCGCCUGUUGGCUUGCCUUAUGCCAGACGUCACAAAUCCGCUUCGGAGACUAUGUUUCCCAAAUUCCACACCAACACUGAUGGAUAUUUAAAAAGUGUGCCUUAUACUUACUACGUGAAUGUUGUUCAGGGCACCAUGACAGAGAUUAAUAAACGUGAUAAAUACAUCACAAUAUCAAAUGGAAGCAAGUAUUAUUACGAUUUACUAUUCCUAUUAAUUGGAAAACAGUAUCAACAUCCUGAUUAUUUGAAACCAUUAUUAGAAAGAGAGAAAGAAAUAAGGAGCGGUGAUACGCCUAAAUACAUUCGUUUGGAUGUACCACAACCGAAUCCAGAACCAAGAAUUGGUCAUUAUACACCGUCUAACGUGUUCAUCGUAAACACAAUAUCUGAUGCAAAUAAAGCUUUAAAUUCUGUAAAACAUUUGACUUAUCAGAAUAAAAAUUGUAACCGCCCUCGCUACGCUCACAAUAUUAUCGUAUACGGAGCAACAUUACAUGCGUAUUGUUGUUUAACUACUUUGUUAGAAAUGAAUGUUCCUCCAGAAAAUAUUAUUUUCAUUGAACCGUUUCCUCCAGACGAUCCACAAAAGCCGCGCGUGUCAUUAUUUUGUAACGUCAAUGUUGACAAAUCCGUAUUUGAAAUGAUAAAUAACUUGAAAAUAAAUGUUUAUCGUUCAUAUUAUUUUCUAAGAUGGUAUACAGACGGUGAAGAUCUAGUCACAUAUGUUGACUUUCUGUCCCACUUUCAAUUGCUGAGACUUAAAUGUUCCAUUUUAUUUUAUUACGGAACUAUUGGGCUCAACGAACAGGCCUUUAUUGCUGUAAAUAAAAGUGGCAUGGCAUACGACGAUGGAAUACUUAUAGACCACGAGUUCAGAACAGAAGAUCCAUCUAUCUACGCUGCUGGACCGGCCACUAAAUACAGAAGAAGAUAUUAUGCUGACAACAUGCGACUCAAGUACUAUGACGCUUACGAAAUUGGUACUAAGUUAGGAUACCAAAUCAAAAACAAGUUGGACCCACUGUUCAAAGAACCAGAAAAUAUUAAAUACUCGAAACAAACCAAUUUCGAUGACUUUCGUGAAGUUACUGAAUCUACAAGCGUUGACACUGAAGCGAAAUCAAUCAGUAAUAGUGAAUAUUUGGAAGAUUUCCCUAAAAUACCAGCUUUCAAAAAGCCUAGCGUAUCUUAUUGUGUUCUUCCCGGGGGCUUACAAUAUUUGGAAGUGCGGUCACCAGGGAAAAAGAUACCUCAUCAUUACGUUCAGUCUUUGCAUUACAAUGGUACAGUAAUGGAAACCUUUAAGGGUGGUUACUUUAAGCUACACCUCACGAAUGAUUUUAUAGUGGACGGUAUAACUUGUCUGACACCAGAAAAGUUUUCUUUGGAGAAUUUUCAACAUAUCUAUGGUCUUUCAGCGACUGUUCUAAACAACGUCCAUGUACGAUACACGGUAAAAAAACUAGACGACUUUUAUCAAUUUUUCCGAGCUCCUUGGGCCUAUUUCUUGUAUCACGAUCAAAAGGAUGAACUAUUUGGGAUGGUUAAAGAACUGUUACCAAAGGGAAAUAGUCAAGGUGAAACUGUUGAAGAGGCAAUGCGAAAAGUUGGAGAAAAUGUACAUCAGUCGUUCAAAAGCCCAACCAAGCUUAAGAUUCGUUCAACGUUCGAAAAAUCGCCACACGUUGAAGCCAUCACUGACUACAUCAUUGAAUGGCUCUCUGAAAAUGAUGUGCUCUUACCGAUGUACUUACAACCGUUCCAAACGAGCCAAUAUGAUUAUGACUUGAAACAAAAUCCAGCGUUUAGGAAUAGAAGAAACACUAUUGUUAAAAUGAUGUCAAAAAUAUUUUAGUUUAUAAUAAACAUUGUGUUUUCUAUCA